CGAGGGCCAUGCGAAUAGCCCUCCGCACCAAGAGGAAAUUCGGGUUUAUCGAUGGAACUAUAUCAUGUCCCGAAGAUGAUUUCGAUGAGGUUGAAGAGUGAUGGAUCGUCAACGCUAUGCUCGUCUCGAGGAUCUACAACAGAAUCGAAGCAGACUUGCGGAACUCCAUCACCCAGGUUGAGGUUGCGGCUGACUUGUGGAACUAUAUAAAGGCAAGGUUUUCCGUGGAAAACGGCCCGCGGAUUCACGAACUUAAAAAGGAAUUGGCGAACACAAAGCAGAAUGGACAAGAGAUCGUCAAACACUACGGCAAGUUGAAGACGAUCUGGGAUGAACUCUACAACAUGCUGAAGGUACCAGCAUGCAAGUGUGGUUUGACUGCACUUUUGGAAAACCAGCGUGACGAGGAGAAGGUUCAUCAAUUUUUGAUGGGCCUGGAUAACGAAGGUUAUGGAAGCCUUCAUUCGAACAUACUCAGCACCGAACCACUUCCCUCUAUCAACCGGGUUCACUCGGUAAUAACUCAACAAGAAGGCGUGUUGAAGAUGACCACAGAGGAGGAACGAAACCCAAUGGGUUUUGCUGUAGAUAUGGGAAAAUCAAGUCGAGACAAUAAUUUGAAGUGCAAACAUUGUGGGCAAUCGGGACACGAGAUAAGCGGAUGUUUCCUGAUUAUCGGAUAUCCCGAAUGGUGGGUGGACAGACCCCGUAUGCAGAGUAGUAGACGAGGAGGAGACGGUCGCGGCAGCACAGCAACUGGAAGCCGCGGUGGCAGGGGGCGCUGUCGCCGGUCGGGUGCUGAGAACCGCGGACAGAACAGGACAGAAUAACCAAAGGAUGAGUUUGCAGGGUAGGCCAACAUCCAGUGUGCGAACCAGUUUUCAGGUACGGUGAAUCAUGCUUAGAUUAUUGACAGUGGUGUAAGCGAGCAUAUGACCAGAUAGAAACGCUGCCUAAAGAAUAUUUGGCCUAUAAAGGAGUGUAGAGUGG